GAUUUGGGUUUUUUCUUAAAAUGGUAUUUGUCUCACAAAUAACCUUUUUUCUUUGUUCUUAUGGUCAUGCUUUUGUGACCCAAAUCAUCGGGAGCUGUGUAUGAAUCAGCUACUAGGGCUUGUUAGAGAUGCUGGUAUUAGGCCGUUUAGUUAUGUUGCUGAUGAUCCGGAGAAGUAUUUCUCGAUUAUGGAAGCUGUUGGAAGUGUUGAUAUGUCCUUUGGGAUUAAGAUGGGCGUUCAAUACAGUCUUUGGGGAGGGUCUGUGCUCAAUUUAGGAACCAAGAAGCAUAGAGACAAGUAUUUUGAUGGCAUUGACAAUCUCGACUACACCGGUUGCUUUGCCAUGACUGAACUUCACCAUGGAUCAAAUGUUCAAGGACUUCAGACCAUGCAAAAAGAUGAUAAAAGCUUUCUUUUCAAAAGAUGAUAAAACGCUUCUCAAGAUGGUUGUUUGUUUUGUUCUGAUAGCUUUUGUGGUUUAAGGAGAUAGUGAUGAAUUCAUUCAUGAUAGAAAAGUGAGUAUGUUUAUAAGUAGAACAAAGUGACUCAUCGUAUUAUGUUUACAAGUUGAAAAUAAAGUAACUCCUCGUAUUAUCCAA